CCCCCUCCGCCCACGGCGGGCCAAACCUCUCCGCCCAUCCCCAGUGACCAAUGAGCUGCGGCGUCCCCCGGCGGGGCGGAGCCCCGUCACCAGGAGGAGGCUGUGCCGGGACCCGGCGGCCAUGGCAGCUCCCGAGCCUCUGUCCCCCGCGGGCGCGGCCGAGGAGGCGCCGGAGGAGGAUGAGGACGACCAGGAGGCCGAGGACCCCGAGCGCGGGGCCGGCAGCGGAGGGCGCAGCGGUAGCCUCGGUGGCAGCGGAGGCAGCACAUCAGGGCCUGGGAUUGCCCUGGGGGGCGCGCUCACGAGGCGCGCGGUCACACUGCGGGUACUGCUCAAAGACGAGCUGCUGGAGCCCGGCGAGGGAGUGCUAUCCAUUUACUACCUGGGCAGGAAAUUCAUUGGGGACCUGCAGCCGGACGGCAGGAUCGUGUGGCAGGAAACUGGGCAAAUCUUCAACUCACCCAGCGCCUGGGCCACACACUGCAAGAAGCUCGUCAACCCGGCCAAGAAGUCCGGCUGUGGCUGGGCCUCUGUCAAGUACAAGGGCCAGAAGCUGGACAAGUACAAGGCUACCUGGCUCCGCCGGCACCAGCUACACAUGCCGGUAGCUGCUGCUGACGAGAGUCCCACCAGUGAAGGGGAGGAGGAGGAGCUGCUGUUGGAGGAGGAGGAGGAAGAUGUGCUGGCUGGGGUCUCAGCAGAAGACAAAGGCCGCAGACCCCCUGGGAAGGGCUCCUCGGAGUCAGAGGCCACACCCCCGGGCAAGCGUGUGGAGAAGUCCCGGGUGCCCAUCCGUUACUGCAUGCUAGGCAGCCGCGAUUCUGCCAGGAACCCGCACACCCUGGUAGAGGUGACGUCCUUUGCUGCCAUCAACAAGUUCCAGCCUUUCAACGUGGCCGUGUCCAGUAACGUGCUGUUCCUGCUGGACUUCCACUGUCACCUGACUCGGAGCGAGGUUGUGGGCUACCUUGGCGGUCGUUGGGACAUCAACAAUCAGAUGCUGACGGUGCUGAGAGCCUUCCCCUGUAGGAGUCGGCUUGGGGAUGCCGAUACUGCGGCCACCGUUGAGGAAGAGAUCCACCAGGUCCUGUUCCUGCGAGGUCUGUCCCUGGUGGGCUGGUACCACAGCCACCCGCACAGCCCUGCAGUGCCUUCCCUGCAGGACAUCGAUGCGCAGAUGGAGUACCAGCUGAGACUGCAAGGUUCCAGCAACGGCUUCCAGCCCUGCCUGGCCCUGCUGUGCUCCCCAUACUACUCUGGCAACCCGGGCCCUGAGUCCAAGAUCUGCCCUUUCUGGGUGAUGCCUCCCCCUGAGCAGCAAAGGCCCAGUGACUAUGGGAUCCCCAUGGAUGUAGAGAUGGCAUAUGUCCAGGACAGCUUCCUGACCAACGAUGUUCUUCAGGAGAUGGUGCUGCUGGCCGAGUUCUACAAGGGUGCCCCAGACCUUGUGAAGUUCCAAGAGGCCUGGAGCCCAGAGCACACCUACCUGGACAAGCUCAAGAUGUCCUUGGCCAGCAGGACCCCGAAGGACCAGGGCAUGUGCCACGUGCUGGAGCAGGUCUGCAGUGUGCUCCAGCAGGGGAGCUGAGGCCACGCAGGCGCUGCUGCUGGGACAGGCUGGGUAAUAAAGUCUCUGAGUACCCACA